AAAAUAACAAUACAUGUUCAGAAUAACCAAUUAACCUUGGAUUUUCCUAAAACAUCUCUCAUCCACAGCACUUCUUAAUUUCCUCAUCGUCCAAGCUUUUCAUUUUUUGAGAAGAAAUUCUGAGAAAAGAGAAAAAAAGAAAAUAAAUUUCUUUUUCUCUUCUCCCUCUACUCCAAAAUAUUUUUAAAAAAUACCAUAAUGGCUUUAGCUUUCCCUCUUCCUAUUAUUCUCCUCCUCUUCCUCUCCAUUCCGCUUUCCGAAUCUCGUUUGUCUCUUGAUUAUUAUAAAAAAUCAUGUCCAGGAUUCGACGAUAUCAUUCGCGACGUCGUCUCCAGCAAACAAAGCACCACUCCGACCACCGCAGCUGCAACUUUACGUGUAUUUUUCCAUGACUGUAUGGUAGAAGGCUGUGAUGCAUCUGUUCUUGUUGCGUCAAACUCCUUCAACUUAGCUGAACGCGACGCUGAUCUCAACAAAAACCUUCCAGGAGAUGCUUUCGACGUUGUUAUGAAAGCUAAGCUUGCUCUGGAGGUUAAAUGCCCUAAAAUUGUUUCCUGCGCUGACAUUCUUGCCCAGGUCACCCGCGACCUUGUUAUCAUGGUCGGCGGACCGUUCUACGACGUCCGUCUGGGACGCAAAGACGGGCUUAUCUCGAAAGCAGCCAACGUUCCCGGGAACCUUCCAACGACGAACAUGACAAUGGACCAGAUGAUCCAGUUCUUUAAAAUGAAAGGGUUCGAAGUUAAAGAAAUGGUGGCGUUAAUGGGAGGUCACACUAUCGGAUUUUCUCACUGCAAGGAGUUUGCCGCCAGGCUUUAUCAUUACAGCAAGACUACACCGACAGAUCCCGGAUUGAACCCGAAAUUCGCAGAAGCUUUGAAAAAAUUCUGCUCUAAUUACACAAAGGAUCCAACCAUGUCAGCAUUCAAUGAUGUUCUUUCACCAGGAAAGUUUGAUAACAUGUAUUAUCAGAAUUUACCUAGAGGAUUAGGGCUAUUGAGGAGUGAUCAUAUUCUGAAUCAAGAUUCAAGAACAAGGCCUUUUGUUGAACAAUAUGCUGCGAAUCAGAAAUUGUUCUACGACGAUUUCAGUCAUGCAAUGGAAAAACUCAGUGUUCGUCAGAUCAAGACCGGGAAAAAAGGAGAGGUCAGGAGCAGGUGUGAUCAGUUCAAUUCUAUUAAGGUUUAGGAUUGACAGAAUGGAAUCUCCUGUCAGUCAUUUGCUUAAUUUCUUUUAACAAAAAAAAAACAAUUUGUUUUGUACUUUUGAUUGAUUUGAAUUGAAUCAUUGCUGAUGUUUCUGUGCUAAUGCUACUGCUAUAGCAUCGUAACGACGAGGAUGAGAAUUUGCAGUUUAUUUUAUUUUAUGAUCUUAUUUGCAUUGAAUUGUGCUGCAAUGCAUAGUCCUUUUGUAAUUUUUAUUAUUAUUAAGAAUGAAAUCUCAUUUUAUGUUAGAAAA